GUCAUAAUGUGGCUAUCCAGGCAUGAAAGUCAAAGUAACAUUGUUGCGGUUGGAAUGGAUUUGAUGUCAUAUUUUCUUGAUAUGAAGCAUAAAUUACUUUAGCGCGUUCUUGUUAGCAUUUGCAGUAUUAUUUCACGGAUAGCCAUAUAAAAGCAGCCGUCUUUGCUACAACAGCAUUUAGCGGAUUUGUCCUGGCCUUUGAUUAUACUAUUUAUUCCUGCGCGCGGGCGGUCGAACCCUCUAAAGGCAAUCGGCGAAUUAUUUGUGGCAUGAACUUUCAUUCGCUCAGCAGCAAACUCACCGAAACAACAUGCCUCCCAACUACGCUGAGUGAUGUUCACUGACUAUUGCGUGCCGUGAUCCACUUCGCCCUCAGCGUCUAGUUAUGCCUGCAUCGCUGUGGGACCAAGUAUCGUUACUUUAGGACCAUUACAUCCGAUUCUGGAGAGGGACGCACUCGACCAUACCGACCAGUUAUUCUGACCAGAGAGAGAGUUUCUCCAAGAGAUUGGCUGGGAUAAACAUUAAUUGACUGACUAAAGUCAUGACGCCGCUCUAUGAAGAGGUUCUUCAGCAUGGUGCAGCACAGCCUGAUCAGUGUGACCAAGGACAAGGCCUGGCUCCACCAGAUGGUAUGUCCCGGGCCGCAGCCACAGGAGAAAGAGAACAGGAAGGCACAGGUGCCACACAGGGCAGCUAAGAUGAUCUUGACAGUGUACCUGAGCGACAGCCAGCAGAUGCUGACAGAGGUGCCCAUCACCCCAGAGACCACCUGUAAAGACGUGGUGGAGUUCUGUAAGGAGGCCGGAGAAGGUGGCUGUCACCUGACUGAUGUCUGGAAGGGCAACGAGAGAGUGAUCCCCUUUGACAUCCUGAUGUUUGAGCACCUGCAGGAGUGGGGUCCCAGGAGGAUGGAGGUCAUGUUCUACCUGAGACACGAAGACUCCCCCUCAGAGAGCAGCGACCAGGGGAGCCAGCUCUCUCAGGAACAGUCCAACAGAGGCAGUGGAGGGAGCUCAGACCAGUCAUGUGAGGAAAGGGUGGGGAACCCUUGCGUGGAGCUGACUCUGUCGGAGCUGCAGGAGAUGGCCACACGGCAACAGCAACAGAUCGAGACCCAACAGCAGAUGCUGGUUGCCAAGGAGCAGCGUCUGAGGUACCUGCAGCAGCAGGACCACAGACAGGGCCAGACGGUGUCAGAGGCUGAGAAGCUACAGAGGUUGAUGGAGCGAGUGGAGAGUCAGGAGGCCAAACUAAAGAAGAUCCGCGCCAUGAGGGGCCAGGUGGACUACAGCAAGCUCAUCAAUGGCAACCUGUCAGCUGAGAUCCAGCAUGUGAGUGGGCAGUUCCAGGAGAAGCAGGCAGAGCUGCAGUCAGCUGUGGUGAAGGUGGACCAACUCAACCAGCAGCUUGAGGACCUGAGGAGGGGACGUCUCAACGGCCUGCAGCCCCUAGGAGGACCUCUCACUGGCACCGCCGCUCUGGAGCUACGCAAACUCUACCAGGAACUACAGGUGCGUAACAAGCUGAACACGGAGCAUAGUGGCAGGCUGCAGCAGAACAAGGAGCUGCUGAAUAAGCGCAACACGGAGGUGACUAUGAUGGACAAGCGCAUUGGGGACCUUCGCGACCGCCUGCACAAGAAAAAAACAGAGCUUAACAGGAUAAACGGUCCUCCCUCCCCCCAGCCCACUCCCAGCAGCUCAGGCCGCAUAGCCGCGGUAUGUCCGUAUAUCCAGGUGCCCGUCCCAGGCAGACAAGAGGUGGGCUAUGCUCUGCCCCCAGACCCCGUCAAACCACCGUUUGUCCCUGGGACUGGCACCAUCAGCCAUGGCCGCUCCAAAUCAGAGGAGGAAGGGUGCGGUGUGAGGAAGCCCUUCGUCCAAUGGAAGGUCUCAGAUUUAGACAUCAUAGUGGACCCCAUGGAGAUGAGAGACGUGCCCCGGUCCCCCUCAGGGGCCUGCAGUGCCGACACAGUCUGGAGCCAGGGGCUAGGGCAGCAGAAGCAGAUGGGCCUAAGUUACAGGGCUCAAUAUCAACAACAUAAAUCCAAUGAAGCAGUGUGGCCCACCCUUAGUAAAAGUGUCUCCUCGAUGCAACCUUCAGAUUGGAGAAACACCAGCCCAGACCAGAGCCUUGACUUCAGUAAGCUACCAGGAGGAUCCGUGUCCAAACCACUACCCAUCUAUGGGACCUAUCCUGCACCUACUGGCCACCCGUCUAUAGUCUGCUCUACCAGCUCCCUGACCAGGUCCGCCCCUGCCACUUUAGCCUGGCAGCGUUCAGCCCCAGCACCUCCUGGUUACUCCUCCCAGCAGAUCCAGCAGCGUAUCUCUGUCCCUCCUAGCCCCACACCUCAGUCAGGCCUGGGGGAGGGGGAGAGUCCUGACCCCCUGCCGGCUGUGGCUGUGAGACCCUACGUUCCAGACCGGUCCUCCUCCAGGCCUCAGUCCCCCAGGAAGGGCCCUGCCACUAUGAACUCCUCCUCCAUCUACCACAUGUACCUGCAGCAGCCUGCAGCAGCCAAGAGCUACCCAGCAGGAGGCAGAUCUGCUGUCAAAGCAGUGUAUGGGAAACCUGUGCUUCCCUCCAGCACCUCUCCCUCCCCUGUGCCCUUCCAGCAUGAGGCCCUGUCCCCAGGAGGAGAGAGUGGAGGGGACAUGGUGGACAGGGAAGGGGACACCACAGAGGGUAGACUCCUAACCCCUCCCAGCGUGGAGAACAUCCCGCGGCCCCUGAGCCCCACCAAGCUGACCCCCGUGGCCCACUCCCCGCUGCGCUACCAGAGCGACGCCGACCUAGAGGUCCUGCGCCGGCGGCUGACCAAUGCACCGCGCCCGCUGAAGAAACGCAGCUCCAUCACAGAGCCAGAGGGCCCCACCGGACCCAACAUCCAGAAGCUCCUGUACCAGCGCUUCAACACCCUGGCCGGAGGCAUGGAGGGCGGCAACAGCACCCCAUUCUACCAGCCCGUCUUCAUGGGUGGUGUCCUGGGAUGUCCUGACAUGGACAACAUCAACACUUCUAAUGGGAACCUGAUCGGGACAGCUUCCCUGGUCAUCACUGCCGCAGACGGUACCAACUCAGACCAUCGCCUGUCCUCUUCCAUGUCCCCUUCCUCUGACUCCAAUGAGAGGAGGACACGCCCACCCAGUGAGACCACUCCCCGCAUGCCCACCCCCCAGCCCAGCUUGGAAGACAACAACAACCAACCUGGUCCUUCUAGCACCACCUCCACUCCCAGGCCCAUCCCCAUCCCUGAGGCCUCGUCUCCCCAGCCGAAAGAAACCUCUCCCCGGACUGUCACACCCCCGGCAUUGCCUAAGCAGAUCAAGAGGACUAACCUGAAGAAACCUGAGUCAGAGAGGACAGGCCAUGGGCUGCGGGUCAAGUUCAACCCUCUUGCCCUGCUACUGGAUGCCUCUCUGGAGGGAGAGUUUGACUUGGUGCAGCGGAUCAUCUAUGAGGUUGAGAACCCCAGCACGGCUAAUGACGAGGGCAUCACCCCCCUUCACAACGCCGUAUGUGCUGGACGUCACCACAUCGUCAAGUUCCUGCUCGACUUUGGAGUUAACGUCAACGCUGCUGACAGCGAUGGAUGGACCCCACUACACUGUGCGGCCUCCUGUAACAGUGUGCAUCUCUGUAAGCUGCUGGUGGAGUCAGGGGCAGCCAUCUUUGCCACCACCAUCAGUGAUGUGGAGACAGCGGCUGAUAAAUGUGAGGAGAUGGAGGACGGAUACACACAGUGUUCCCAGUUCCUCUUCGGGCUGCAGGAGAAGCUAGGGGUGAUGAAUAAAGGGUCUGUGUAUGCGCUGUGGGACUAUGAGGCACAGAGCUCAGAUGAGCUGUCCUUCCACGAGGGAGACGCCAUCACCACCCUGAGUCGCAGGGACCACGCUGAGACAGAGUGGUGGUGGGCCAGGCUACAUGACAAUGAGGGCUACGUACCACGCAACCUGCUCGGGUUGUAUCCAAGGAUCAAGCCUAGACAACGUUCUCUGGCAUAGAGAAGACUGUGCACGUUGUUGUGCUCUGACUGGGCUCAGAGCUGGGUCUGACUGGAUCUGCAGACAGUGGCUGUGCCCGGACAGUGCCCUCUCUUUGUGCCAGUCUGUGCCUCCCCAGAACAAAGGACAAGGGCCCGGGCAUGGACAGAGGGGUCAUAUCCGGACAGACAGACAUGCUUGGAAUUGGUGGUCACUUACCUAAGAGGAAGUAGAGGCAGUAUCCACGGCCCAGAGAUCAUUCAGAGAAUACUCUGAGCAGAGCUCCCCUCUUUCCCUUCUCACUCAGUGUUUGUCUCCUGUGUGUCAGUCAGAGUAAGGCCUAAAUGUGAUGGUCUCAGAAAAGGGAGCAGAGAACAGGGGCAGUCAUGAGUUAUUGAAUAUGGGUUUUGCAGUAAGUGCUGUUUGAAGGCGAUCAGAGUUCAAACUCUGGAGGUCAUAUCUUCAGGGUUCAGCAGAGGAAAGAAAGGAACAGGUUUUUACAAGAUGAGAAAAGGAAGGAAAGUGACGGAAGGUGUAAUUGAAAGACUUUGAAGGCCAGUUAAAACUACUAAAAGAUGUGUGGAAUGUUCUAAACAGUCAUACAAUGUUGGUGCUAUUUAUGCAAACCAAACGUGUUCUGAAGGAAUGAGUGGAAGAUGUAAUGCUGGGAUGGGAAAGUGAAAGGGGCUGCAUUCUCUUCUACAGAUGCAAUAACUAUGAAGCUAACUAUGGGUGUGAAUUUGAACUAAACUCAUCAUAAGCCUACAGUAUAUAAGUGCUUUAUCACCUAAAAAGGCCUAUAGUUGGAUCUCUCUUUGGAGUGUUUCAUUUUGAGUUACAUUUUAACAGACGUUUGUACAUUGUAUUGUUUUCCCUUUUUUUGUUUCAAGUUGGUUGUUGUCUUUUUAAUACCCAUCAUGCAAAGGGAUACACAUUUUGAUCACUGAUUAUAGCCAUACCACAGGAGGUUGGUGGCACCUUAAUUGGGGAGGAUGGGUUUGUGGUAAUGGCUGGAGCGGAAUAGUGGAAUGGUAUCAAAUACAGCAAACAUAUGGUUUCCAUGAGUUUGAUGACAUUCCAUUUGCUCCGGUCCAGCCAUUAUUGUGAGACGUCCUCCCCUCAGCAGCCUCCACUGAGCCAUACUGUACUAUCUUUGGUAUAGCCUACCUGUUGACUGAUGCUGGCUUGAUCAAUAGGUUGUGUAUCACCAUCAGUUCUAUGGGAUGGUUUAUGUGACAAAACGAACACCAAACAAUAUGCAUAAUGAAAUGUAAAUGUACACAAUAUAAAUAAUGAUUUCCCUUAAAUGGGAAUAAAAAAUGUUUUAACAUAUACUGAACAAAAAUAUGAAUGCAACGUAAAGUGUUGGUCCCAUGUUUCAUAAACUGAAAUAAAAGAUUCCAGAAAUGU